AUGGACUUCCCCAAGUUCGACGGCAAAUCCGACCUGUUCGCCUUCCUCAAUCACUGUGAGUCAUAUUUCUGUCAACAGAGGAUCGCCGGGGAAGAAAAGGUGUGGAUGGUGUCCUACAAUCUCAAAGACAGCGCCCAGCUUUGGUACAUGCAGCUCCAGUGCGACGAGGGGACGCCACCAUGGCGCCGCUUCACCGAGCUACUGAUCAUCCGCUUCGGUCCUCCCGUGCGAUCCAAUCCUCUGGGCGAACUGAUGGCCUGCAAGCGUACCGGGUCGGUGGUCGACUUCCAGGACCGCUUUGAGGCGCUACUUCCACAAGCCGGCCACCUCUCCGAGGGCAGAAGGUUCAAAUCUUCACCACCGGACUCCAGCCGCCCCUCAGCCUCAACGUCGAGAUCCAUAAUCCACAGUCCCUCGCCGUUGCCAUGA